AUGAGCCCAUUGGUUGCGCAACCGACAUGUGGUCGCUCGGAGUCGUCUGUUACAUUAUCGGGAUUAUCUCCGUUUAUGGGCGACAACGACGCCGACACGUUUGCCAACAUCACUUCGAGCGAUUACGAUUUCGACGACGACGCCUUCGCCGCCAUCUCGUCCGACGCCAAGGAUUUCAUUUCGUCGCUGCUCGUCAAACGGCCAGAACUGCGGUUGUCGGCCGAGACUUGCCUCCAGCACAAGUGGCUGGCCCAGGCCAAACAGACCAUGAAUUCCGUCAAACUGCCCACGGACCGGCUCAAGAAAUUCAUCAUCCGUCGCAAGUGGCAGAAAACGGGAACGGCUAUCCGAGCCCUGGGUCGAAUGGCCAGCCUGUCAUCCGCCUCUCGACGCAACUCGUCGUCGUCGUCGACCGGCCGCCGUUCGUCGCGAAUGGACUCGCUGUGCGAGGAGGAACACGGCUCGGUCUUUAGCGGCUCGUCCGGCGGCAGCGGAUCGCGGCUGGCGACUUCGUCGCUGACGGCGCCGACCAACGGAGCCCACCCGGCCACUAGCCCCCGCAUCCGUAGUCCAAGUCUGCCCGUCGUGACCCACCCCUGCCAGUCGUCUGGCUCGUCGACUCCCGGCAUCGCUCGCAGCCGGAGUCCCAGUCUGCCCGUUACGGACUUGAUGUCGGACAGGAGCAGCGGCCCGGUCAGCGCCAGCUCGUCUCGGCGGGUCUACUACGCCGACCGCAGCGACAGUGGCAUCAGCGAUUGCUCCAACCACUCGUCGACGCUCCUGUCCGGCACCCACAUGCCCACCCUGAUCCAGGAGGAGGAGGACGACGAGUUCUAUAACAGCCCCGCCCUAAUAACCAACGGCUGUUCUUCUUCUUCUUCUCCCGCAGGUGGAACCUCCUUGGCGCCGAAGAGCGGCGGCCGUAGCAGCCAGUGCGCUCCUAAGAGCAAGAGCGUAGUCACCAGCCGCUACUCGGUCGAUUCGGCCAUUGAUGGAGAAUGA